AUGCUGUCCUUAACUUCUGAGAUGUUGAAAAACAGUCAACAACACAGACGUGUUACCAGACAUCUACUCAAUAACAUAGCUAAACCAUCUUUAAGAGCUUUCUUAUACGCCUACCUUUAUUUGGUUUUACCAAAAGCCAUAGGUCAGAUUUUGAGUGCCAUUAGGAAAAACAAAUACGACAAAAUCAUUCCUAGGGUGAAAAAAACCAUGAUAAAUGCCUUGCAUCCUCGAAAAUUCCCAAUGUUUGCUGCUAGUUUGGUGGCAGGAAUAAAUCUUUUGGAACCAAUGUUUCUAAAAUUGUUGAAGAGAAAUAACAGGUUGGCAAAGAGCCCCACUUCAAGAGUAUUUGUGUCCACACUAUUAGCCGCGUUGAUUUCUGCCAUAGUGACAUUUCCAACCUACCAAACCCAUGUUCUUGGCUACGGAAGAUAUAACUCUUUGGACUUGACUUUGUUAGUAGCGACGAGAGCGUUAGAUACCACCCUUUCUUCGUCCUUGUCUAAAAUUACACCAAGCAGCUUAUCAGAUUACGGAGACGCACUCUUAUUUAUUGCAAGUUGCACCUGUAUUAUGUUUUGUUGGUUCUUUUAUCCUGAAAAGUUACCACCUAGUUAUCACAAAUGGAUCACAUCGGCUGCUAACAUGGAUAUCGAAUUUUGGGAGAUUUUGAGGUUAGUUCAACAGAAGAAACUUGUGUACGGAGAACAUGGACCGUAUGAGGAUUACUUGGGUCCUUAUUUUGAAAAGCAUGGCAGGGAUCCCAAACGUGGUAACACUGUUUUGACUCAACCAAUAGAAUGUGAAGCUGUCCAUGCGUUUACAACAAAGAGUUGCGAACUUCACGCCUUGUGGAGGUUCUGGAGGGGAUUCAAAUUUGCCAUUGGUGUUUAUGCACCCUUGAACUUGUUGAUGUUGAUCUUCCCGCUGAAAGUCAAAAUGUCGGCUCGUCUAUUCCGUGCAAUCAAGUCUUCAAUCCGCUCCGCAAGUUUCUUAGGUGCAUUUAUUGGAUUUUAUUGGUACGCAGUAUGCUUAGCAAGAACCAGAUUACUACCAAAGUUGUUCCCUAAAAUCCCAAGAGUAAGAUUCGAUGACACUAUUUGUGCUGCCAGUGGUGCCUUCAUGUGCGGCUUUUCAUCUUUCAUUGAAACCCCACAGAGACGUAAGGAAUUGGCGUUGUUUGUUGCUCCUAGAGGACUUGGAACAUUGGUUCCGCUGGAGCCAACAAAGAAAAACCUAGCCAUUGAAAGUAUUGUGUUUUCAAUUGGGUUAGCUGUUUUGGUCGCUUAUUCCAAGAAUCGAGCUUCAAGUGUAAGAGGUAUUUUUGGGAAAGGAUUAAAACAGGUUUUUGUAAUCUAA